AUGUUACGUACAUCUCCCUUUCCUAAUGAGCCACUUGUGAUUAAAACUCAUACUAUAGAAUGUAACUGCAACGGGCACGCGCGUCGCUGCCGGUUCAACAUGGAGCUGUACAAGCUGUCGGGCAGGGCAUCCGGGGGCGUGUGCCUCAAGUGUAGGCACUACACAGCAGGCAGACACUGCCACUACUGCCGCGAGGGAUAUUACAGGGACCCCACCAAGCCUAUCACUCAUAAGAAAGCUUGCAAACCCUGCGACUGCCACCCAGUGGGAGCGAGUGGUAAGACCUGCAACCAGACGAGCGGACAGUGUCCCUGCAAGGAUGGAGUCACCGGCACUACCUGCAACCGCUGCGCCAAAGGAUACCAGCAGUCACGCAGCCACAUCGCUCCUUGUAUACGCAUCCCUCGCGUGGUAACAGCAGUGCAGGCGAUGGAGGCGGUGGACGGUGACCCGGGCCGCGCAACGGAGCAGUGCGGCCGGUGUCGCGCCGCCGCUCGCACGCUAAAUCUCAACAAGUUCUGCAGCCGAGACUACGUCAUAAUGGGCAAGGUGGUGGGUCGCGAGGCGAGCGCGGCGGGCGACCAGUGGGUGCGGCUGGCGCUGAGCGUGCAGGCAGUGUACAAGCGCGCGCCGCGCAGUCGUCUGCGCCGCGGCGCCACCGCCCUGCACGUCAUACCUAAUCCUAGGAGUGGAAAAAGAGGGCGUGUCAGCCGGUUUUCCAGGGCUGACGGUCGGCGAGAGGACACUACUGCUGGAGUGGCGCGACGACUGGCACCGACGCAUCCGCCGGCUUCAACGGCGCGCGAUCAACUGCCAUUAGCGGACCGCCAUCUUGGAAUAGUGGGGAUAAAGCAACCAAUGAGAGCAAGUUCUCGUCGUAAUCCGUCGUUGCAAACAUACGUGAAUUGA